CCGCCGCCGCGUCAGCAGCGUGCCGCACGUGCCCGUGUUUACGUCCCUCGUGGAGCCGCAGACGUCACAGCCGAAUGGCAACAUUGUGGCGAUGCUGAGAGGGGCGCUUUAGGAGUCUGCAUUCUGGUUCUGGCUGGCUCGGGGCUGUCGGCCCGGGGCAGAGAGGCGGCGGGGAGGUAGGGCCGGGGCGAGCGGCGGCCGCGCGCCUCAGUACGCAGCCCCGCGGCUCCGCGCAGGCCGGUCCGGCGGCCCAGGGCCCCGCGCCGCCGCGGCGAGCGGCUUGUAAACAGAUCCGGCCGCACGUGACCAUGUGAACUACCUGCUCCGGGCCGCGUAUUGUCUCUUCUGAGAGUCGCACCACAAAGGAGCCGGUGGAUGAGCGGCCGGCGCGCUAAGAUGGCUGCAGGCGCCCGGCAAGGGUGAGCUGGGGGCGCGGCCACCGCGGAGCCUCGGCCGGGCGGGCGGCCCCCCUCGCCGGGCACCGGAGCUACCAUGUCGUUCGCGCUGGAGGAGACACUCGAGUCCGACUGGGUGGCGGUGCGGCCCCACGUCUUCGACGAGCGCGAGAAGCACAAGUUUGUGUUCAUCGUGGCCUGGAACGAGAUCGAAGGCAAGUUUGCUAUAACCUGUCACAACCGGACGGCCCAGAGACAGAGGAGCGGUUCCCGGGAACAGGCGGGGACGCCCGCGUCUGAUGGGAGUCGCGGGCCCGGCAGCCCGGCGGCCAGGGGUCGGUCAGAGGCCGCUGCCUCUGCUCCAGCAGCGCUCCGGAGUCCCGGGCCACGGAAGAGCCAGGCCUGGGCCGAGGGCGGCUCUCCGCGCAUCGCGCGCAGCCUGAAGGGGGAUCCUCCUCGGGGUCCCGCGGGCAGAGGACCGGAGAGUCCUCUCCGUAGCCCCGCGCGGGCCAAGGCCAGCCCGCUCCGCAGAGGCACCGAAUCCCGAGAUGCGACCGCCAGUGCCACGCCAGCCCCGCCGGCGCCCCCGGUGUCGUCGGUGCGGGUGGUGAGUGCCUCCGGGGCGGUCUCCGAGGAGAUCGAGGUCCUGGAAAUGGUGAGGGAGGACGAGGCGCCACAGCCGCUCCCGGACUCGGAGCAGCCGCCGUCAGCCGCGGAGCUGGAGUCUCCGGCCGAAGAAUGCAGCUGGGCCGGGCUUUUCUCCUUCCAGGAUCUGCGGGCCGUGCAUCAGCAGCUGUGCUCGGUAAACUCCCAGCUGGAGCCGUGUCUGCCGGUGUUCCCCGAAGAGCCGUCCGGCAUGUGGACGGUGCUGUUUGGGGGCGCCCCCGAGAUGACGGAGCAGGAGAUCGACGCCCUAUGUUACCAACUCCAGGUCUACCUGGGCCACGGCCUGGACACGUGUGGCUGGAAGAUCCUUUCUCAGGUGCUUUUCACCGAGACGGAUGAUCCGGAGGAGUAUUACGAAAGCCUCAGCGAGCUGCGGCAGAAGGGCUAUGAAGAGGUGCUUCAGCGGGCCAGGAGGCGCAUCCAGGAGCUCUUGGACAAGCACAAGACUAUAGAAAGCAUGGUAGAGCUUUUGGACUUGUAUCAGAUGGAGGACGAAGCCUACAGCAGCCUUGCAGAGGCUACAACUGAACUCUACCAGUAUUUACUUCAGCCAUUCCGAGACAUGCGAGAACUUGCCAUGCUGCGAAGACAGCAGAUCAAGAUUUCCAUGGAGAAUGAUUAUUUGGGCCCUCGAAGAAUUGAGAGUCUACAGAAAGAAGAUGCUGACUGGCAGCGGAAAGCUCACAUGGCUGUUUUGUCUAUUCAGGAUCUCACUGUCAAAUAUUUUGAAAUAACAGCAAAAGCUCAGAAAGCUGUGUAUGAUCGGAUGCGAGCAGAUCAGAAGAAAUUUGGCAAAGCAUCCUGGGCAGCAGCCGCUGAACGAAUGGAAAAGCUCCAGUAUGCAGUUUCUAAAGAGACUUUGCAGAUGAUGAGAGCUAAAGAAAUUUGUCUGGAACAGAAGAAACAUGCACUAAAAGAAGAGAUGCAAAGCUUACAGGGCGGUACAGAAGCUAUAGCUCAAUUGGAUCAGCUAGAAUCUGACUACUAUGAUCUGCAACUUCAGUUGUAUGAAGUACAGUUUGAAAUCUUGAAGUGUGAAGAGUUAUUAUUAACUGCACAGCUGGAGAGCAUCAAAAGGCUUAUAUCAGAAAAGAGAGAUGAAGUGGUGUACUACGACACUUACGAAAGCAUGGAGGCCAUGCUGGAGAAGGAAGAGAUGGCGGCUUCUGUGCAUGCCCAGAGGGAAGAGCUACAGAAACUGCAGCAGAAGGCACGCCAGCUGGAAGCAAGAAGGGGCCGUGUCUCAGCCAAGAAAGCCUACCUCAGAAAUAAAAAAGAAAUUUGCAUUGCAAAACACCAUGAGAAGUUCCAGCAGCGUUUUCAGAGUGAAGAUGAAUAUAGAGCCCAUCAUACAAUACAAAUAAAGAGAGACAAAUUGCAUGAUGAAGAGGAAAGAAAAAGUGCCUGGGUUAGCCAAGAGAGACAGAGGACACUGGAUAGACUUCGAACAUUUAAGCAGAGGUACCCCGGACAAGUCAUCCUUAAGUCAACCAGAUUACGAGUGGCUCAUUCAAGAAGAAAAAGCACAGCAAGCCCUGUGCCCUGUGAGGAGCAGUGUAACUCUCUCCCCACAGUGCUGCAGGGGCCAGAGAAAAGAGAGGUGGGGGAAGGAGGAAGCCAGCUUGGGCCUUCCCAGACAGCAGAACCCCGGAGCCUUGUCCACCUUGAAGACACUUCAUCAGAACAACUUGAAUCCGCCUCAUUACCUCCUCGUGCUGUUGUCAGCUCUGAACUGCCUCCUCCACAGUCAGCUCCAUUGUUAACUAGCAGUGACCCCAAACCAUGUUCUGUUACUAGAGAUCCUCUCCCACCCCCUCUUCCUCCAACACCUCCCCCUCCCCCUCCACCACCUCCACCCCCACCCCCACCUCUGCCUGUUGCAAAGGACAAUGGGGCCUCCACCACUGCAGAGACACUGGAGAAAGAUGCACUUAGGAUGGAGGGCAAUGAGAAGAGCAUCCCAAAGUCAGCCAGUGCCCCUGCUGCACACCUCUUCGAUAGCAGCCAGCUGGUCAGCGCCCGGAAAAAGCUCAGAAAAACCGCUGAAGGGUUGCAGAGGAGGAGAGUGAGUUCACCCAUGGAUGAAGUGUUAGCAUCCUUGAAGCGUGGGAGCUUUCAUCUGAAAAAGGUUGAACAGCGGACUCUGCCUCCUUUUCCUGAUGAAGAUGAUAGUAAUAAUAUUUUGGCGCAGAUAAGGAAAGGGGUAAAGUUGAAGAAGGUACAGAAGGAAGUUUUGAGAGAAUCCUUCACACUUCUGCCUGAUACAGACCCUUUGACACGGAGCAUCCAUGAAGCUCUAAGAAGAAUCAAAGAAGCAUCCCCAGAGUCCGAGGACGAGGACGAGGCUUUGCCUUGCACAGACUGGGAGAACUAGCAGGUGACUUAAGAGAGAAGAAAAAUACCCAUGGAUGAAGACUGGCUCUGGUUCUUUUGGGGAAAAGUCUAAGCUCUUGGUCCCACAAUUGGAGUAUAUUGACAAAGUGGUAUGAAAAAGGAAGCACAAGCGGGAGGUUACUGCUGUCCAGUCCCUCUCAUUGAUAGUGCAGUGUUCCCAACUGCAGUGAGAACAAGCCGCCUGGAGACAGCUGUGCCCCACCCACCCGUCCUCCCAGUCUGCCCAAUCAUAAUCUCGUAGAGGCCAGUCCCAUCACUAUGAUUUGAAGAACACUGGGUUGCCAGAGGGCUGCUGUACGUGCUACUUUGGGAUUCAUCUUUCAGUGACCUGAGAAGAUAUGUGCUGAAGCACAUCAGCAUCCACGUCAGCUUGUAGAAACAGAGUGACAUGCUAUAGAAGACAUUUAUCAAGGUAGUUAUGGUCAGGAAUUAAAAAAAACAACAUGAAAUGCACUUAAAAUUUCCACAUUAUUCAUCUCCAGAGGAGAUGUUCAGUAUCUGAGAAGCCAAUGGAGAUAUACCUAUUAAUGUGUGCACCAGAACAUGACACAUUUAACAAGGCAUAUUUUUAAGAGGCCACAGUCUUACAUUUUGUAAGAGUUUGAAGUUAAAAUUUCCAUGCUUUUAAAAUAGCAUUUCAUAAUUCUGAAUUUAGAAUAGUUUGAAUUUUAUGUGCAUCCUGUUUAUGAGAAGCAAUGCUUUGUAAUUUGAUAAUGUUAUUUUUAGUCUUUUUUGUUUGAACUACUGCUUGAUUACUAUAACUCAAGACUUUCCUAUUGCGAAUCAAAAAGCAGGAUUCAACAGUAGGGAUUCCAAUUACAAACUGUGUACCAGGUUAAGUUUUUAUUGUCAACGCUCCAUGGUGAGUAAAGGUCCAGAAGGCAGUCGGUCCCGAAGCCUCCAGCUGGCAUUUUAGUGGGUUUUUAUUCUGUGCAUAGAACUUUAGGAGAGCAUAUGUUGUUGUCACUAAAUCUUUAAACUCACAUGUGUAGAUCCAGUGCUGAGCUGGCUGUAUCUUAAAGGGUCCAUUUAUGAAUGGGGCCAGCAGGGAUCGUCACUGGCUUGAUUAUGUGGACAUGCAUGAAGGCAGAUAUGCUGGGCCCAGUUUACAGUACAUUGUAGUGUGUGUGCUGUAUAUGGAGGAAUUGAAAUACCAAAAAGAA